AAACUUAACUAUCACGAAUAAAAAGAUGUUCAAGGUUGAAAUAUACGAAAGGAAUCUAGUUUAUGUAGAAAAUCUUUUUUUGUAAUAGAUUUUCUGUACAUUCACGAGUCGUUGACGUAAUAGCAAGAGAGAAAGGGUCAAGUUUUGCGUCAUGUCUCUUUUGUGACGUCUUGGUAAUAACAAAAAAAUUCUCCGCAAGCAUAUUGAUUACGGAGAGUAGGGACUAGCAUUUGUAGUAUUUGCGUAAAUGUAAUUAAAUAGUGUUUAUCGCGGUCGAUAGGCAUUAUGGAAAUAAAAUUGCGCCUUACAAAUGUAAAGUGUUUUAUUCUACAGUGCUUUAAAAAAACUUCCAAUAAUUAAUUAAAUGACGGAGUUGAGGUUAAUUUUUCCCCUCUUUGAUCUGGGCGGCUUGAAAAAUAAUUAGCAGAUACAUGGGGUAAAUAAUAAGGUACCUACAUAAUUAAAUGCCUAAGAAACUUAUAAUGGGAGGAUCCGUUAGUCAAGUUUUUCAGUCUGGUAGUGCUUUAUUAUCUAACGUACAUGGCCAUAAAGUUUCGGAAUCGACUAAACAAAAAGUGGAGACUAUUUUCGGUGCCCUUACAGCUAAUCCGAAAAUUGGAGUUCAAAGACUUGAAGGGCUUUUAUUACAGAUCCCCAAGAAUGAAAAUAUAUUAGCUAUACAUGAUGAAGCAGGUUACAAUCUUUUGCAAAAAUGUGUGGGUGCUAACAAUGUAGAGUUAGUGAGAUGGUUGCUAGCCCGUCACAAUGCAGCCGAUGUAAAUAGGUUUCCCUGCAGUUUGCCAUUGCAUAUAGCCUGUCUUAAAGGUCAUGAUGAGUGUGUGGAAUUAUUACUAAAACAUGGUGCAAAAAUUGAUGUUGAGGCUCGUAUGUGUUGGCCAGGGCCACACACCAGCAAUUGUGAAGAGAGAGGAAAAUAUUCAACAACAAUCCAACAAGAAGAGACUUGCAUAGAAAGGGAAAGAGAAAGAGAUGCAACACCAAGGAGUAAACUUCAGUCAGCCAUUUAUUAUGCUUUAGAUGGAGAUCAAGUAAAUAUUUUGACUGUGCUUUCCCAACGCAGUGAAGACCCUUGGAAUGGAAUUUUCAGAGCCCGCAAACCUCUUUUACAUGCUGCAUGUGAAAGAAAAGCAUGGAGAUGUACACAAUUUUUAGUAACCGAAAGAUCUGAUGAAAUCCAUAUUUUAAAAGAUGAAUAUUAUCCAAUACAUUUUGCAGCCUCAAAUGACCUCAAGUUUUUAGAACUGUUAAUUAAUGCGGGAGCAAACACAACUGUUACUACUUGCACCCAACAGAUGACUCUUUUACAUGUUGUAUUACUGGUGGCACAUAAGUCAGCCGAAGACACAAUAUCAACUAUAAGGCUCCUAUUAAAUAAUGGCUGCAAAGAACUGAUAAAUACCCCUGACAGCUUGGGUAACACUCCACUUCACGCCCUAAUUGUGAGAUAUGCACUGGAAGAAGCUCAAUAUGGCUAUGAUAAAUGGAAUAAAUGGGACAUUUUGCAUUUGGUUCGCUAUCUAAUUCAGUCUGGUGCUAAGCCAUCUAUAAAUCACACAGGAAACUCAGCAAUUGCGUGUGUGCUGCGUCAUGUCAGAGAUUGGGAUGUUUGCUAUGAGCUACUUAAUAUGUUGCUGCAUGAUGGAGGUGAUCCCAAUGAAGUUGGUCGAGAUGGAUCUGUACCACUAAUGGUUUGUUUAGUCCCCUUAAUCAACAAAGAUCCACUUCACCAUUUCACACAUAAUAUGAAGGUAUGUUAUUUGAAUUGUAUAAGGAUCCUUUUGAAACAAGGUGCCAAUCCAAACUGCAGUUACCAUGCCAAUCUGACGCCUUUACACGUGCUGGUGUUCACAGUAUCAGAAAACAUAACAUUAAACUGUGAUGUGCAAAAACAAUUAAACUUUGAAUUUAUUAAAAAUUUACUCAUUCUGCUGCUAACCCAUGGUUUAGACCCGAAUGUAAAGGUGAGCAGUCGUAUUCAACAUAUUUUGCAGUCUUGUAUGGACAUGAUCCAGAAUGUGCGUGAUUGCAAAGAUAUACACUAUGUGCACGACCUAACACUUACUUUAAUACAGUACGGCGCUAAUCCAGAUAUAAGGCUAAACAUGUCCGAAGCAAUAAAAAAUCAUCCAUUGCAUUCCCAAAGUAUUUGGAAGACUAAAAAUUAUAUCUUGUAUUACUAUAUAAUGUUAAUAUCGAGGAAAGAGAAUCUUAUAAUGGAUUCAAAUAUGACAUUUUCGAAAAUAAUAAUGUUAUUUUAUCUCGUUAUGGAACAUAAGCCACUUUUUAAAUGUUUACGCAUGUUAUAUACUCAACAGUUAAGUCUGGUUCCUGACAAAAUGACUGAACCUCUAACUUUUAUCAUAAGGGACCUGUACAAGAGACCGCGGUCUUUAAAGCAAAUAUGCAGAGUAAAGAUCCAUAAUUGCCUGAAUCGGCGACCUGGAUUGUAUAUAAAUAAGUUAAAUUUGCCAAAUGCUAUCAAAGAUUAUUUAUUAAACUUUGAGCCUUAAAAUGGUUGAGUAUUUUUGAACGGCGUUGAGUUUUCGUGUUGGAUAUGAAAAUAAUAAGCGGUAGCUUUUGGUUCAGUUGUUGUUAUAAUAAAUAUUAUAUGCACGCAGAGCGUUAUAAAUUGUUGUAUAAAACACUAUUAGAUAUUGCAUUAAUAACACUUUAUAGGGCAUGAUUUGUUGCAGUUCAAAAUCAUCCAGGAUCAAUACAAAAAUCAAGCAAUAAUGUCUUUUUUUUCUGAAUAUUGAUACUGUACAUAUCAGAGACAUUACAUCUGAAAGACACACGACAAGUCUUUACAAACAAUACAAACCAUUAAGAAUUGUGACUGUAUGGUGUGGAUAAAGUCCUUCUAGUCAAUAAAUUGCCAAAAUUGUUAUAAUUUUGGAUGUUACUGUUGGGAGUGAGUGACGGUUAAAGUUCAUUUCAUGGACUAGACGUAUAAAUAUAUUAAUACAUUAGUUGCUGAUUCUGAAGGUAUAAUUUGAUAAGCACAAGUAAUAAAUUUGAAAUGUGGCAAUGGUGCUCAUUUGCAUCUAGAAUUUCUAAAAGUUAAGGGCUUGUCGGGUUUCCUUUGGAAAGUAAUAACCGCAAUAGUUAUAUUCAAAUGGACUUGUUUUUUGUUUUGCGCAAUUAGUGUACAAAAUUCAGCUGCAUAGCUCAAAAGUUUCCUCUGAUGGGAUGCUUGGGAUUAUUAAAUAAAAAUAUAUCUAUUAUCAAAAGAUUCUAUUAAAUAGUUAAGGUGUUAAGAAAUUGUAUUGGCUGUGCUAUAUCCUUUUUUUACUGUUAUCUUCAGCAUUCGCAUCUUGGGAUAAUUGUCAUGUUAGUUAUUUUGGAUUCUCUCAAACCUAAAAUGAAGGACUAAACUAAAUAUUUCAAUAUAAUGUAUCUUAUGAAAGCAAAAAUUAAAUAAUGCGUAAAACGUAAUAUUGUGAUGUUUUUAUAUUUUGACUUAUAGUAUAGUUUGCAUGUUUGGUUUUUAUGAAUAUUAUAAUAAUUAUUAGUA